UAGUAGCCAGUUGCUAUCGAAGUGGUGGAGUGUCGAAUCGAGUGCAGUUUGAAUUUGAUGAAGCUCGGCUUCCAAGGCACAGUGAUGUAAAAAGUUUGCGAGGUUCAUAGUCAUUCCAACUUGAUUCGAACACCAAGUGAUGGUGGCAAGGUAAACCUGCGCGAAACGCGAACUCCACAGCUUUCAGUUUCCAAUUUUUCAGCCCAGUCAAUCCGUCACUCACCGCCGUCGCAACCGCUUGCAAAUUUCGAAUCGUGCUCUUGUACUUUACGACAGUUAUGAAACGCACACCGUAUGGUAGGUGUUAAUGAUAUGCUACUGAUCGGAAAUCGAUUUGGGAUUAUCAAACCAUCCAACAAUGAGAUAUUUAGAUCAAGAUACUUUUUGAAUCUUUGUAUCUUAGACGUCGGUGCUUGCUAAGUGUAAAGUUUAACAAUGAAAACUACGAAUCGUCGGUAGAGUGUUGUGAACGUGAUCCUUUUUCAUGGACUGUCCUGUACGUAACUUCAAUGUUGAUAGAUAGAUGUAUCUGUUGAGUUAAAGUUUCGAAAUAUACGGUUUAAUCUAAUUCGUCGAUAUUGUGAUAUAAAAUCCGCUGUGCAAUAGCAGAUAAAAAAAUUUUUGUGAUUAGUAGUAGUUUUAGCUAGUUCAACUUUCAUCUGUGAAUUUUAACCAUUUAAAUAUUGGAGACACGCAAAAAUGACUGGCCAUAGCCUGAAAAUCGACGAAAAACCGGCACCCAUUAAAUAUCCAAAGGCGGUGGGAUUCAUUAUUAGCAAUGAAUUCUGUGAACGAUUCAAUUACUAUGGAAUGCGAACGAUUCUCGUCCUUUAUCUGACGCGAAAGCUCAGUUACGAUGACGAUACAGCAACUGUCCUUUAUCAUGUUUUUACGAGUCUAGUCUAUUUCUUCCCACUUAUUGGAGCAAUUGUAGCAGACAGCUGGCUGGGCCGGUUUCGAACUAUCUUCUAUCUGUCGGUGGUGUAUUGCAUAGGAACUGUCAUCAUCUCUAUAGGAGCGAUACCGCCACUAAAUUUACCAGUGAAUCUUGUGACAAUUCUUGGUCUCGUACUUAUAGCUGUCGGGACAGGCGGUAUUAAGCCAUGCGUUUCGGCAUUCGGGGGCGACCAGUUCAAAAUCCCAGAACAAGUAAAGCAGCUCGCAACGUUUUUCUCGCUUUUUUACUUCGCAAUCAAUGCUGGAUCCUUGAUUUCGACCUCAAUCACACCAAUCCUACGUGAGGACGUCCACUGCUUCGCAGAGAAUGACUGUUUUUCACUGGCUUUUGGAAUACCCGCUGUCCUCAUGGUUCUGUCAAUCAUCAUCUUCAUGCUGGGAAAAUCGAUGUACAUUAUUAAAAAGCCGGCCGGGAACAUGAUAGUGUCAGUCUGGCAAUGUAUAACCGAGGCACUGAGAAAACGAUCCCAGGAAAAACGCAUUGCACCUCGGGAACAUUGGCUGGAUUACGCUGAACACCGAUAUGGAAGGAAGCUAGUCGAUGACACAAAGGACUUGCUGAAAAUUUUAGUUUUAUAUUUGCCACUGCCAGUAUUUUGGGCCCUGUUUGAUCAGCAAGGCUCGAGAUGGACCUUUCAGGCCACGCGUAUGGUAGGCGACAUCGGAGGCUAUCAAAUCAAACCCGAUCAAAUGCAGGUUGUGAAUCCUCUAUUAAUUUUAGCUUUCAUCCCGGUAUUCGACUACGGGAUAUAUCCAAUGCUGGAGAAAAUUGGAAUCAAACGGCCUUUGCAGAAGCUAACUUUAGGUGGUCUCCUUGCUGCUUUAGCAUUCAUUCUGUCUGGAAUAGUUGAGCUCAACUUGGAGAGGACAUACCCACUGCUACCUGGACACAACGAGGGUCAGUUGAGGAUAUUCAAUGUGAUGCCAUGUUCCUACACUUUCAAUACAAGCUUGCCAGACUAUACAAACUUCACUGUGGACAAAAUGACUACUUUUACCGAGAAACAUUUUGUUUUGAACCAAACUGAGUCCUUCGACUAUGAAGCGUAUUCCGACAAUCCUGAACUCUGCUCAAACUUACAAGGCCAAAUCAACCUCAAACCUGAGACUGCUAUGAGUUACUUCGUUACCCGCAACAACGAUAAGGCCAGUGUUGAAGAAUAUCGUGAUUCACCUGAGAAACCGAAGAAGAUUUAUCCAAUUGUACGAGUUUUGGCGACGUUGAGUGAAUAUGCGCCCCUUCAGCUCAAAGGUUUGCAGAACGACGUCACUUUGAAUACUAGUUCCACCCAACUUGUGGAAGUAGCGGCUGAUACCUAUGAGCUGUAUAUGCACGGAAAGAAGGUACACAAAAUAACGUUCGAAUUAGGAGGGGUUUACGUUUUGAUGGUUGAAGGCGAUAAGACAAACGGAUAUUCUUUCAGCCAUUACGUCCUGACUGAACCCAAUUCAAUCCACAUGCUUUGGCAACUACCUCAGUACAUUGUGAUAACCGCGGGAGAAGUUAUGUUCUCGGUAACAGGAUUGGAGUUCUCAUUCACCCAGGCUCCUGCCAGUAUGAAGUCUGUCCUGCAAGCCUGCUGGCUCCUAACAGUUGCCAUUGGAAACCUUAUUGUCGUGGCGAUUGCUGAAUUCCGAAUGAUUGACUCCCAGUCCACUGAAUUCUUCCUGUUUGCUGUCCUUAUGAUAAUCGACAUGGGAAUCUUCAUCCUUUUGGCCAUGCGAUACAAAUACUCUCAGCCUCGAGAUGACUAUGAUACUACGGACUUGACCUCUCAAAUCGCUGACUCGAAGAGCUCCAGGGCUGAUCGAUUCGACAAAGUUGAGGCUCAAACUAGUUCGACUACGACCAACGGCCAUGCCAAUCCAGCUUACGAGAAGGAUUAGAAAAAAUUGUGAUUUGUGAUAGAAGCGGAUAUCUAAUGUAAAGUUGAUAUUUUAUUGUGAACGGCACAUUCCUUUGAAAAUUUGAUUGAGGAAUUUCGAGUACCUUUGAUCGAUUUUAUUUUGUAAAUAUUAACCGUACGUGUACAAUAGGUUUUUUACUUUUAAGGACUGAAAUUUAGUAAUAUAUUUUUUUAAUAUUUAAUAUUGUUAUAUUUAAUUGAAGGCAAUAAAAAUAUUGAAUGUGA